UGGCUCUGCCUAAGCCUUGCCCCCUUGGCCGGGCUCCUUUCUUCCGGGUGGGUCCUGGCUUUCGCGAUGGGGAUUGCCUGGCUACACGGUGGGCUCGGCCAAGCUGAGGGCGAGCGCCUGGAGAGGGUCUCUCCUUCGUUUCCAAGAAUCUAUCUAGCUACUCUGUUGACUUUAUUUAUAUCACUUGAUGCCCGUGGGACAAAUGCAGCUCUGGACAUGAAACCUAAUAUUGUUCUGAUGUUGGCCGAUGACCUCGGGAUUGGAGAUCUAGGCUGCUAUGGCAACGACACUAUCAGCACCCCUAAUAUUGACCGGCUGGCAAAGGAAGGAGUGAAACUUACUCAGCACAUUGCUGCGGCUUCACUUUGUACCCCAAGCAGAGCAGCUUUUCUGACUGGCAGAUACCCCAUCAGAUCAGGCAUGGCUUCAGGUGGUUCAUAUCGGGCUCUGCAGUGGAACGCUGGCUCAGGAGGACUCCCUGCCAAUGAAACCACUUUUGCCAAGGUCUUGCAGCAGCAGGGUUAUGCCACAGGACUUGUAGGGAAGUGGCAUCAAGGGGUAAACUGUGACUCUGUCCAUGAUCACUGCCACCAUCCUUUGAGUCAUGGCUUUGACUACUUUUAUGGCAUGCCCUUCACUCUUCUCAACAACUGCCAGGACCACAAGCCUCCAGAGCUGGAUGCAGCAUUGCAGGCUAAGCUGUGGCUUUACACCCAACUUAUUGCCCUUGCAGUUAUCACAGCUCUUGUAGGCAAGACAACAGGAUUGGUCUCUGUUACUUGGAAAGUGGUCACCUUUUUUGCUUUGCUUGGGUGCCUGUUUUUUGCUUCCUGGUACUCCAGUUAUGGCUUUGUAAAAUACUGGAAUUGCAUCUUGAUGCGCAACCACGACAUCACUGAACAACCGAUGAAACUGGAAAGAACGGCUUCUCUAGUCCUAAAGGAAGCAGUUUCAUUUAUUCAGAGCAACAAGCAUGGGCCGUUCCUCCUCUUUGUUUCUUUUUUGCACGUCCACACGCCCCUGUUUACAACAGAAGCUUUCCUUGGGAAAAGCAGGCAUGGGAUAUAUGGAGACAAUGUAGAAGAAAUGGACUGGUUAGUAGGUCAAAUUCUAGAUGCUAUUGACAAGGAAGGCUUGGAAAACAACACACUGACCUAUUUUGCCUCAGACCAUGGAGGGCAGCUGGAAGCUCAGGAAGGAACAAUACAGCUGGGUGGCUGGAAUGGCAUAUAUAAAGGGGGCAAAGGCAUGGGAGGUUGGGAAGGAGGCAUUCGUGUGCCCGGCAUCUUAAGGUGGCCUGGGAUGCUCCCUGCCAACACUGUUGUUGACGAACCAACAAGCCUUAUGGAUAUUUACCCUACGGUGGCUCAUGUGGCUGGAGGGACUGUACCACAGGACAGAAUAAUCGACGGAAGGAAUCUAUUGCCGUUACUACAACAAGAAGUCAAGCAUUCAGCACAUGAAUUCAUGUUUCAUUACUGUGGAUCAUACUUGCAUGCAGUACGGUGGCAUCAGAAAGACAGUGGUGCCUUAUGGAAGGCUCAUUACAUGACACCGAUCUUUCACCCCAAAGGCGCAGGAGCCUGUUAUGGGAAAGGGAUUUGCCCAUGUUCUGGAGAAGGUGUAACGCAUCACGACCCUCCUCUGCUCUUUGAUCUCUCGAGAGACCCAUCAGAGGCUGUGCCUCUUUCACCGGACACAGAGCCCUUGUUCCACACAGUCCUAAAGCACAUAGGCAGAGCUGUGGAGGAGCAUCGCGGGACCCUCACACCUGUCCCACAGCAGCUCUCUCUUGGGAACAUUAUGUGGAAACCAUGGCUGCAGCCAUGCUGUGGGACCUUCCCGUUCUGCUGGUGUGACAAGGAAGAAAGCAGUGCCCGUUCCAAUAAAGCCAGCUGACCAAAGAAUCCUUUUAUGGCAGAGAAAGUCAUCCAAGAGGUUUCCUGUGUGAUUUUAGCUGCUUCCUGUCAGUUAAGGUUGCUUUCUCCUGUUUCUUGAGGAGUCCCCAGGCUUGAAGGAGGAUGUAGCCACAUCAUUCCCUGCCUGUUAGGCUCGGGGAAUCAGGCCCCUCCCUCGGUGGCAGCAAAGAAGCAGAUUUUCAAAAAGGAGUUCUUACCAAUUAGUUUAUUUCAUAAUCACAGCGAGAGACAAAGGAAUGUGUCUCUCUCUCUAGAAAUGGCUCAAAAUAAAGUCUCUCCCCCCCCCCCCCCCCGUGUCUCUUAGGCUAUGUCAUCCCUGCACUGGUUGGUCUGAUCUUUCUGCUUCUGAGCUUUCUGUUCGGCUACUCACAUUGCCCGCCUAGUCUUGGGGGAGGGGGGCUCAGGGAUGUUCUCCAAGGACACUGUGUCUUGUCAGCUGUUUCUACUUCCUCCUCCAAUAUUUCCCAGCUUUCCCCCUCUACAUUCUCCGAACUACGACCUUCUGUAAACCACUGUUGUAAUUCUAUGCUGUCCUUCUGUUCUUGGGAAGGUUGUGUAGAAAGGGGGAUGGCCCCCACCAUUCCUCCUCAGUGCCCUUCACGUCUCCCAUUACUGUCACCUGAUCUCUCUUCUUACCUGCUGGACUUUGCACAACACAGGAUGGUGUGUAGGGUGUGUGGAUAAGCCUGAGUGGGGCUGCAGAGCGAUUCUACCCUCAUGGCUGCAGGGCUGAUAAUGAGAGAGAAAACGAUUUCUACGUUAACUCUACCAGUGAUGAUUAUACCUGAAAUGAAAACUGACAAUAAUUCUGCACAGACUAUUUCCAUGCAGUAAUUGGCAACUCCAAGCACUUAGAGGGAGGCGCCAUCUAAACAUCAUAAACUAGCUCUUCUCAUUAAACUAGCAAGCAAAAUCUAAGAAGCACACUAGAAGAGGAAGGAAAAGGAAACUAUGUCACAGUUGUCUAUGUCACAGUGGGCUGAUCUGGUACAUGUCACAAGAUUUUGAUCCAUGUUUAAAAUACGAGGCUUCUGGGUUUCUUUGUUUUUAAGAAAGAAGGAUCAGCAAGAGAUGUUCCUCUUCUGCUUGCUCACAUGCCUUUUCAUGUACAAAUGAGAUGUAAUGCUCUGUGGUGCACAAUCCAUAGAUAUUUUGGUGGGGUGGACAGAACAUAAAUCUGAUGAGAAAUCUUGCAGGCACAAAAAAAAAAAUACACGUAUGGCAAAAUGUUAAAAAUGAAGCAAAAUAACCAAAAUCGUGAAAGGAGGGACAUAGCAAAACAGGGAGUGCUAAAAGGAAUGUGCAGAAA